AGCUUGGAGAUCUCAUGGAGUUGCUCCAUAAUUUAUAUCAGAAUCGCGCGGGUUUCACUUGAUAGCCACAAAAGUCGGAAUCGAUUUGUGCAGAAAUGGCGAUAUCCAACUUCGCAGUCUCUAUCUCUCUUGGCUGCAAACCUGUCGAAUCUUUAUCGAUAAUCUCCAUCAAACCACGCUCCACAUUCAAUUCGAGAAGAGCUCCUCGGCUAAUCAGAAUAUCAUGUGAUUACUUUCGCUUCGAAGUUAAGAAUGUUUCCUAUCGACCUCCCGGUACUGAGCUCAAUCUCUUGAAUGGAGUUAGCUUUUGCCUUCAUGAGAGAAGUUUUGGCUUAAUUUUUGGAAAGAGUGGAAGCGGAAAAACUACUCUCUUGCAGCUUCUUGCAGGGCUAAUCAAACCAAUAUCAGGUUCCAUUUGCAUCCAAACAUAUGGAUAUGAUGGCAAACCAAAACUUUCUCCAGAAUUAUUGGCUCCAGAAAGAGUUGGCAUUGUCUUUCAGUUUCCCGAGAGGUACUUUGUGGCAGAUAAUGUUCUUGAAGAAGUUGUUUUUGGAUGGCCGAGGCAAAGGGCUAGCAUUCAGUUAAAAGAGCAUCUGGCAUUGAAUCUCCAAAGAGCUAUUAAUUGGGUUGGAUUGGAUAGAAUCUCCUUGGAUAAAGAUCCUCAGUCAUUGAGUGGGGGCUACAAACGUCGGCUUGCUUUGGCUAUUCAAUUAGUGCAAACUCCAGAUUUAUUGAUAUUGGAUGAGCCCCUCGCUGGUCUUGAUUGGAAAGCACGUGCANAGAAAGAAUUGACUAUACUUGUUGUCAGUCAUGACCUUAAGGAAAUGGCAGCUUUAGUUGACCAAUCUUGGAGAAUGGAAAUGGGUGGAGUUUUGCGGGAAGAACCUUUACCAGUUUAAGGAUUGAACAGCAAAUUCGGGUAUGUAAGUUCAUGCUCUUUAGCUUUUAAUUUUAUGCUGUAGAAUAGUUAAGUGCAGACGUGUGCUUAUCUUAUCUGAAAGAGCCACAACAAGGUCAGUUAUGCUACAUUGGAGAAUUAAAAGCAGAGAACAUCAGAGCUCCACAUGUAAGCGUGCAUGGGUUGGUUCAAGUUAUAUUUUCUAUUAAGGGACCCAAGAUUGCAACGUGCUUCUCUUUUGUUCCUUUCACUUACUUUUUUCCUUCGUCAUAUUUUUAUACAGCCCCUUUUGCGUGUGCUAUGUUUUGGAAGAUCGUUAUGCCACGUGGUUGCUCUGUGAAAAUUGAGUUUAGCUCUCUGCUGUUACUUAUUAUGUAACAGUACACUUGAAUCAAGCAGGAUUGUGACAUAUUGUCGUGUCAGUUGCAAUGGUUGCCUCAUGUAGCCUUUUUAAUUGAGGUGGGAACUCACUGGGACUUGUCUGCCUAUCCAAUUGCCUCUUAUGAGCAUCUAAGGUGAGUUCAGGAGGAAGCCUUUGUAAGCGUGGAGACAAAAGUCAUCCAGUUGCCUUAAACCAGAGACAUCUCUGUCUGAGCAGGGAUUGGACAAACCAUGCAGUUGACAAAACGUGCAACACUGUAACCUGAUUGUACGUUUUGGUAUAUUCUGUUGAACAAGCAACUGUUAUCUUCUCUAUCUUUUCCUGUUCUAGCUACUAAUUUAUAGAUUCAUGGUGACUUGGUAACUACCUCCAGUUAAUUACAUCAUUGAGUAUGACAAGUAUAUUUGAUUUUCAAUUUAAUGUGUUUCCAUGAUCAUGACCCCUGAUACUCAAUUCAUCCAACGGUGUUCCCUAUGUUAGAAGAGAUAUUUUAAAUUAAAUUUAACUUCAUUCUUUUCAAUUCUCUGAGAUGUCUGAUUCUACAUUAAUGUGAUUCCGAAUAAGAAUUCCUCUUAUUUCCAUGUUCGGACAUCUGCUAGUUUACGCAGUUUUAUGUUGACAGUUAUGAAAGCUGAGGACAUUGGAAAUUGACUUCGUAUUGGCAAAAAGUGGUGGGAGUAUUUUUUAGUAAAAUGUGCUCGGACUAACUCCAUUAUUGCAACCAGGAAUCGAGCUGCGACCAAAUUCAUCAAGAACCCUAUCAAGUAAAGGGUGGUGAUUGAAGAAAUCAAAAAGGGAUCCUCAUCUCUCGCUACCCAACAAGCAGCUAGAAAACAUGUAGAAAUUGCAUGUUUUGGAUGAAGUAGAGACAAGAGAAUCGCCCACCUGUUCCAAA